GGAGGUCAUGUGACUAGAAUAAUCAGGAAUCGUGACACUGUGACUUUGAGCUGGGUUCACACGUAGGCAACAGAAAAGGUUUGGUACGCAGUUAAAACUCGAGUCCACCAGUUGUGUGGGUGCCUGCCAGGGUUCUAGAUGGAACAGAACGGGAACCAGAACCUGCCUCCCACUACACUCUGUCGCACAGGCUGUGGUUUCUAUGGCAAUGCUGCUUUCGAUGGCAUGUGCUCCAAGUGCUACAAAGAUGCACUAACCAAAAACAGAACUCCUCCUCGCCUGUGAGUAGCGGUCGAAGUCAGCCCCACAGGUGAGACCAACGACGUCUCCAGCAGCAUGUCUGCCACAUUGGCUCAGACAUCUCUAGGUACAACAUCACCAGAUCCUCCAUCUUCCACGUCGCCACCCCCUGGCAGCACGCCCAGCACUACCAACACCACACCUAGCGUGGAGACGGCCACGCCCACUGUGCCUGUAGCCAGCGCCAGUCAGGAAAAGCAAGACACGGAGAAGACAGAAGAAGGAGCCACUGGGGGGGCCGAGGUGUCAGAUGACGGGAAGUCUGAAGACGGGAAAGACAAGAAGCCUAAGAAAAACAGAUGUCAUACUUGUAAGAAGAAGGUUGGACUAACAGGCUUUAUGUGUCGCUGUGGGGGGCUCUACUGCAGUCUACACCGAUAUUCAGACAAACACGACUGCAGUUUCGAUUACAAAGAAUUAGCACAACAGCAGAUCCGGAAGAAUAACCCAGUGGUCGUAGGCAAGAAGAUUCAGAAGAUAUAAGGGGCUGCCAA